AUGGUUCUUAUAACAGCUGAUAUGAACAUUGCAAAUGCUCUGAAGAAAGCAGAGAUAUCGCCAAAUAUUGUCCCUGAAGGAUUUUCUCCUUCGACCUUAUUGAGUAUCAAAUAUCCAAAAGGAGAGGACGUAGCUUUAGGAAACUUCAUCAAGCCUUCUGAUUCUGCUGAAACGCCAAACAUCAGUUUUGUUGCUCCUGAUUCAGACGCUCAAUAUACUCUUUUAUUGAUUGAUCCUGAUGCUCCAUCAAAGCAAGAUCCCAAAUGGGGACCUUAUCGUCACUGGGUUGUAGUGAACAUUCCAGGCUCUGCUGAUUUUAUGGCUGCAAAUCAGUUGACAUCUUACAUGGGCCCUGCUCCACCACCAAAGACUGGCGAUCAUCGCUACAUCUUCUUGCUUUACAAGCAACCGUCUACUAACUCAAACUUUAAUGCUUUAUCUCAAGACGCCAGCUGUUUCGAUUACAAGUCGUUUAUUCAGCAAAACGGCCUUGAGUUAGUUUCGGUCAACUUUUUUGUUUCAAGAAAUGAUGACAACUAA